AUGACAAGAAGCAACCCGAUCGAGAGGCUCGAGUGCGUCAUCCCGUACGCUGCCGACCAUCCCUUUCCACUCGAGAACCUGCCUUGGACUGUCUUUUCGACAUCUGCGGAUGAGAAGCCACGAUGUGCCGUUCGCAUUGCAGAUUCGCUUCUGGAUCUCGCUCUGCUGAGCGCUCAAGCGCCACACGCCUUUGCCUCCGGUCCGCUCAGCGACCAGAGGGUGCACGGGCUCUUUUCUCAACCGACCCUGAAUGCCUACCUUGCCGAACCGCGUCAGGUGCAUCGUGACUUCCGAUCUUUCCUGCAGCACAUGCUCUCUUCCGACUCGCACGUCUUCAACUCCGACUCGCAGGCUGUCCUCCAAGCCGCGCUGGUCCCAGUCGAGCAGGCCAAGCUGCACCUUCCCAUCCGCUCAGGUGACUACACGGACUUCUGCGCCUCAAAGUACCACUGCACUGCCACAGGGCGUCUCAUGUUCAACGACCCCACCCGUCCUCUGGAGGAUCAAUGGUUCCAGCUGCCCAUCGCCUACCACGGCCGUUCCUCUUCGCUCGUCGUCUCCGGCACCAACUUCCACCGCCCCAACGGCAUCUUCCGUACCAGGCCAGGCUCCUCGGACGUCCAGUUCGGUCCGUCCAAACGUAUGGACUUUGAGCUGGAGGUGGCGUUUGUAGUCGCUGGUAGCGAGCUAAGCCCACUCGGUCGGCCUGUCAAGCUCGACCAGGCUGAAGAUGCCAUCUUUGGCAUGAUGCUCAUGAACGACUGGUCGGCGCGUGACAUCCAGGCCUACGAGAUGAAUCCGCUCGGUCCGUUUACAGGCAAGAACUUUGCCACCACCCUCUCGCCAUACCUCGUAGAGCUCGCUGCCCUCGAGCCUUUCCGCACGCCAUCGCCCACCGCCGAGCAUACGCCGUUUGCCUAUCUCGACCACCAGGGCAACGGAACCACCUGGGACGUCAGGCUUCAGGCAUUCCUCUCGCCUGCACCUCCCCCCACCAGCACGGAGCAGGAACGCGUAUGGACAAAGAUCACCGACACCUCUCUCAAGCACGUCUACUGGACCGCAUCCCAGAUGGUGGCUCAUCACACCAUCACUGGCUGCAAUCUCAAGCCAGCUGACACUUUCGCCACGGGUACUUGCUCGGGCCCAUUUGACGAGUCGCACAGCGAAGCUUCUCUGAUCGAGGCAUGCAAGGCAGGCCGUCAGCCUAUUCCGCUCAACUCAGCCAAAGGAAGCACCGCAACUGAGACGCGCUGCUUCCUUCUCGACGGCGACGAGGUCAAAAUUCUCGGACACGCCUUUGACCCGGAAUCCAAACUGCACAUCGGUCUCGGCGAGUGCACCGGCCAGAUCCUCCCGGCCGUCGAGCUCUAG